AUGAAGAUAAUCCGAAACCCGGGUUUUCUCUUUCUCUUCUUUUAUCUUCUUGGAUUUCUUGGCGAUUCUCCGGUGGAUGCAGCAGUGAAGAAGUACCAAUUCGAUGUUCAAAUGAAGAACGUAAGCCGGUUAUGCAAUCGUAAACCGAUGGUCACGGUUAACGGAAUGUUCCCUGGACCGACGGUUUACGCAAGAGAAGGUGAUCGGGUCAUCAUCAACGUCACUAACCAUGUACAAUACAAUAUGUCCAUCCAUUGGCAUGGGCUUAAACAGUACCGGAACGGUUGGGCAGAUGGUCCAGCAUACAUAACUCAGUGUCCCAUGCAGACCGGGCAGAGUUAUGUUUAUGAUUUCAAUGUGACCGGCCAACGAGGGACCCUCUGGUGGCACGCACAUAUCCUCUGGCUACGAGCCACUGUGUAUGGAGCUAUUGUGAUCUUGCCUCAACAGGGAAAUUCGUAUCCGUUCCCACAACCAUACCAAGAAACCAACAUAAUCCUCGGAGAAUGGUGGAAUGGAGAUGUUGAGACAGCGGUUAACCAAGCCAACCAGUUGGGCUCAGCGCCUCAGAUGUCGGAUGCUCAUACCAUAAACGGAAAACCCGGUCCGCUUUUUCCAUGUUCCGAAAAACACACAUUCGUGAUAGAGGUCGAAGCGGGCAAAACAUACCUUAUAAGGAUUAUCAACGCGGCUUUAAACGACGAGCUGUUCUUCGGUAUUGCCGGCCACAACAUGACGGUGGUGGAAAUCGAUGCGGUCUACACUAAACCGUUCACAACCAAAGCCAUUUUAAUCGGACCAGGACAAACCACAAACGUUCUUGUCAAAACAGACCGUUCUCCAAACCGCUAUUUUAUGGCAGCUAGACCAUUCAUGGACGCUCCAGUACCGGUAGACAACAAAACAGUAACCGCGAUCCUUCAAUACAAAGGCAUACCAAACACGGUCUUACCGACCUUACCAAACCUUCCUUUACCAAACGACACAUCAUUUGCUUUGGACUAUAAUGGAAAGCUCAAGAGCCUUAACACACCAAAUUUUCCGGCUCUUGUACCGUUAAAAGUGGACCGGCGACUAUUCUACACGAUCGGGCUAGGCAUCAACCCGUGCCCGACCUGCGUGAAUGGGACAAAUCUUGCCGCUUCUAUAAACAAUAUCACAUUCAUUAUGCCGAAAAUCGCGCUCUUGAAAGCUCAUUACUUCAACACCCCGGGAGUUUUCAGGACUGAUUUUCCGGAUAGACCGCCCAAACCGUUUAACUACACUGGUGUGCCACUCACGGCUAACCUUGGGACAUCUACGGGGACUAGACUGAGCCGAGUUAAGUUCAAUACAACAAUUGAGCUCGUCUUGCAAGACACCAAUCUCCUAACCGUUGAGUCACACCCUUUCCAUCUUCACGGCUACAACUUCUUUGUAGUUGGAACCGGUGUUGGAAACUUUGAUCCCAAGAAAGAUCCGGCUAAGUUUAAUCUCAUUGACCCGCCCGAGAGAAACACCAUUGGAGUACCCACCGGUGGUUGGGCUGCCAUCAGAUUCAGGGCUGAUAAUCCAGGUGUUUGGUUUAUGCACUGUCACUUGGAAGUCCAUACAAUGUGGGGUUUGAAGAUGGCUUUCGUCGUCGAGAACGGGAAAACACCUGAGCUUUCCGUCCUACCACCGCCCAAAGACUAUCCGUCCUGUUAA